UCGGCGUGCUCCUGGCCAUGGCACUGGGACUGCUCAUCGCGGUGCCGCUGCUGCUGCAGGCGGCAACCCCCGGAGCCGCGCACUAUGAGAUGAUGGGCACCUGCCGCAUGAUCUGCGACCCUUACAGCGCCGCGCCCAGCGGGGGCCCCGCGGGGGCCAAGGCGCCGCUGCCUGGACCCAGCACUGCCGCCCUGGAAGUCAUGCAAGACCUGAGCGCCAACCCACCACCCCCUUUCAUCCAGGGACCCAAAGGCGACCCGGGACGACCCGGCAAGCCGGGGCCACGGGGGCCCCCUGGAGAGCCUGGCCCGCCUGGACCCAGGGGUCCCCCGGGGGAGAAGGGCGACUCGGGGCGACCUGGGCUGCCAGGGUUGCAGCUUACGGCGGGAACGGGAGGAGGUGACACGGUGGUGGGUGGCGAAACUCGGGGCGGCGGCGACUCUGAGGGCGAAGUGACCGGCGCGCUCAGUGCCGCCUUCAGCGGUCCUAAGAUCGCCUUCUACGUGGGUCUCAAGAGCCCCCACGAAGGCUACGAGGUGCUCAAGUUCGACGACGUGGUCACCAAUCUCGGCAAUCACUACGACCCCACCACCGGCAAGUUCAGCUGCCAGGUGCGCGGCAUCUACUUCUUCACCUACCACAUCCUAAUGCGCGGCGGCGACGGCACCAGCAUGUGGGCGGACCUCUGCAAGAACGGGCAGGUCCGGGCCAGCGCCAUCGCGCAGGACGCCGACCAGAACUACGACUACGCCAGUAACAGCGUGGUGCUGCACCUAGAUUCUGGAGACGAGGUCUACGUGAAGCUGGACGGCGGGAAGGCGCACGGAGGCAAUAAUAACAAAUACAGCACGUUCUCUGGCUUUCUUCUAUACCCGGACUAGGGGCGCAGGGAGCGAGGUGAGGUGGCUUCAGGUCGCCCUGUGCUCAUGGGGGCGUGCUGUUCCCUGGCAAGGACCACUCUCGCUGCAUGACACUUCUUGACAUCUUGGAAAAGACACAUUCCCGCUGUCCUCCCUGCCUGGCUCCCGUCCUCAGUGUGUCUACGACUCACUACGCUCUGGGCAGUGCUCAGGUCCCUGUCCCCAAGCCGGGGAGGGAGAGGGCGACGCCAGCCUGGUGAGACGAGCGUGAACCUGAACCCCAGAAGCUGUGGACAGCAGCAGCGGCCGCGGCAGCAGCGCGGAGUUAGCAAACCUGAUUGGACUGGACAGGCUGGGCGGAGCAGCCACCCUCUCAGUCCCCCUCCUCUGAGUGCCCUCAGACCGGGGCCUUCCAAACCUGGCCAGCGAGGUAGGCCAAAGUGCGCAUGAGCUCCCUGGGGCGUCCUUUGGGACUCGAAAUACUUGUGCAAAUUUCCCUGUCCAUCAGUCAAAACCCCACCCGCCUCAGAAUCCCAGCAAAGGGAAAUUCGCCUCUCCACCAACUCCCGAGACUCAGACCCACUGC